AUGUCUGAAAUUGAGCAGUUAACUUAGUAGAAGUAGGAGAUUGAGAAAAGUCAAGCAAUUUCAAAUUAAUGGGUUCAAUUAAAGAAGAAUCUAUCAUCUAAAUUCAAAAAUCCUGCAGAUGCCUUUAAAUCAUUAUGCAAGGAAGGGAAAGAUGUUUUAGCUAUAGAAGAUUUUGGAGAUUAUGCUAAAGGAUUGGAUUUAACCUAAGUAUUUAAAGACAUUACAUUAAAUGAAGAAAACUUUUCCAAAGCUUGGGAAUAAUGGGAGUACAAAUACAAAUAAAAUGAUCACAAAUUACAAAUCAUUAAUGAGAAACUAUAACUUUUGACUAUGUUGGAUAAUGGUGAAAUGCCUAAAGAAGCUUCAAGAGGAUUAGAUACAGCACCAAAUAAAAGAGUAUAAUCAAUAGCAAAUAAUUGUGAAACAUUAGAAAAACUACAAGAGAAACUGGAUAGUCUAGUCAAUGAGGGAUAAAAAUAGAAAGAAAAAUAAGAUGUAGUUCAAAAUGAACAAGAUUGUUUUGCAUAAUUCUUAGCUAAGAAAUCGGAAGUCAAAUAACCAGAACUUCAUGUUACCAAACUUCAAUAAAAAAAUAACGAAGAAGAAGAAGGCAGUAAUCCAUCUAAGGCUAAACGAAGUUAUAUUGAUUCUACCUAUUCAUAUUCUAGGAAUAAGGGUGCUUAUGGAAGUACAGGUAAUUUACUUCAAAGUAGUCUCUAAAAUAAAGGUUCUUUAGGAAAUAGUCAAAUAUCCCUUAAAUCCUCCUUUAUCAUUGAAUCUUAAAUUUAGAUAUCUCCUCAAAAGGCAGCAUAAAACUUGAAAAAUUAUGUUCCAAAUCCAUAAUAAUAAUUAAAGUCACCUUAUGAAGAAAGACAGGUACUAGAAGAAAGAAAGUCUCAAAAAGCAAACAGAAUGAAAGGGGAUCUUCAAAACUAUAUAUCAGAUUUAUUUUAGAAUGAGAGAGAACAAAGGUAAUAAAUAAGAACAUUUGAAAAACCAUCAUCCCAAGGUUUAGCUGGUUUUGUUACAUCAAAAAGAUUAUAUUAGAAUGCAUCCAAUAAAUAAUCAUUCGUGGAUAAUGAUUCUUAGAAUGUGUCUAAGAGAGUGCAAACUAUUAGAUAUAAAUUGGAUGACUUUUAAUCAUAAAAGUUAGCGUAAUAUAGUUAUGUUCCAAGAACAGUGCCAGAUUGGACUCCUGAUAGACCAGUGAGAUUGUCAAAUCCUAAACCGAAAUAGCCAAGUCCUAAAUAUACUUCUGGAAAUACUCAUAGAUUAAAUCUAAAUUAUUUGAAGCAAGAAAAGGAAAAGGAGUCACAUGAACAAAAAUAGGAGGAGUAGCCAUAAGCAAAUUGUUGAUUUAUUAUUUAUUAAUAAUAUAAAUACAUAUUGAUUUUUA